ACGGUGGGGGAAACAAGUAGACUGAUGGGGACAGGCAACACAUGAUAGGGACAUGCUGGGAGUGGAGAAGAUGAAGGGUGAUGGAGGCAGAUGAGAUUUAUGGCGGUCAAGCGAGUGGCAGAACCAGCGAGGAGGACCUAAGAAUUGGAGCAGGACCAUCUGAGAGAGAUGGGCGGGGGGGAACCCUAGGGCCGCAGGAGCGGAGAGCGGAGCAGAGUACAACGAUGUCAGAGAAAGGGCCGUGAUGUAAGAGCCGAGGCGGCGGGGAGGUGAUGUCAGGGCUGGUGCUGAUGCUGGCGGCGCAGUGCAUUGUGGGCAGCUCCCCGCUCCGCCGCUGCCGCCGCUGUCGCCCGAGGAAGAUCGGGGCCGGGCCGGGCCGGGCCGGGAUGGUCCCGGUCGGGAGGCCACCGCCGCCGCCGCUGGAGGAAGCGGGCAGUCCAGUGCCGCACUGAGCCGCCCCCGCCCCCCGCCCCGCCCCGGCCCCGGGGGAUGCGCCGCCCCGAGCCGCUGCCUCCGCCGCCGCAGCCGCAGCCGCAGCUGGCACAGAGCAGGUAGAUGGCCCCCCCAGGGCAGGCCCUGCGGACACCCCCCCUCCAGCUGGCGGAUGCAGUGCCUAGCGGCAGCUCUUAAGGACGAAACCAACAUGAGUGGGGGAGGGGAGCAGGCCGACAUCCUGCCGGCCAACUACGUGGUCAAGGAUCGCUGGAAGGUGCUGAAAAAGAUCGGAGGUGGGGGCUUUGGGGAGAUCUACGAGGCCAUGGACCUGCUGACCAGGGAGAACGUGGCCCUCAAGGUGGAGUCAGCGCAGCAGCCCAAGCAGGUCCUCAAGAUGGAGGUGGCUGUGCUCAAAAAGCUGCAAGGGAAAGACCACGUGUGCAGGUUCAUUGGCUGUGGCCGGAACGAGAAGUUUAACUACGUAGUGAUGCAGCUCCAGGGCCGGAACCUGGCCGACCUGCGCCGCAGCCAGCCGCGAGGCACCUUCACGCUGAGCACCACGCUCCGGCUGGGCAAGCAGAUCCUGGAGUCCAUUGAGGCCAUCCACUCCGUGGGCUUCCUGCACCGCGACAUCAAGCCGUCAAACUUUGCCAUGGGCAGGCUGCCCUCCACCUACCGGAAGUGCUACAUGUUGGACUUUGGGCUGGCCCGGCAGUACACCAACACGACGGGGGACGUUCGGCCUCCUCGGAAUGUGGCCGGGUUUCGAGGGACUGUUCGCUAUGCUUCUGUCAACGCCCACAAGAACCGGGAGAUGGGUCGCCAUGAUGACCUGUGGUCCCUCUUUUACAUGCUGGUGGAGUUUGCCGUGGGCCAGCUGCCCUGGAGAAAGAUCAAGGACAAGGAGCAGGUAGGGAUGAUCAAGGAGAAAUAUGAGCACCGGAUGCUGCUGAAGCACAUGCCCUCUGAGUUCCACCUAUUCCUGGACCACAUCGCCAGCCUCGACUACUUCACCAAGCCUGAUUACCAGUUGAUCAUGUCGGUGUUUGAGAACAGCAUGAAGGAACGGGGCAUCGCAGAGAAUGAGGCCUUUGACUGGGAGAAGGCGGGCACCGAUGCUCUCCUGUCCACGAGCACCUCUACCCCGCCCCAGCAGAACACACGGCAGACGGCAGCCAUGUUUGGGGUGGUCAACGUGACUCCAGUGCCAGGGGACCUGCUCCGGGAGAACACCGAGGAUGUGCUGCAGGGCGAGCACCUGAGUGACCAGGAGAAUGCACCCCCAAUCCUGCCUGGGAGGCCCCCUGAGGGGCUGGGCCCCAGCCCUCACCUUGUCCCCCACCCUGGGGGGCCUGAGGCCGAAAUCUGGGAAGAGACGGAUGUCAACCGGAACAAACUCCGGAUCAACAUCGGCAAAACCCCCUGUGUGGUGGAAGAGGAGCAGAGCCGAGGUGUGGGGGUCCCCAGCUCCCCUGUGCGUGCCCCUCCUGACUCACCUACAACCCCAGUCCGUUCUCUGCGCUACCGGAGGGUCAACAGCCCUGAGUCGGAGAGGCUGUCCACAGCGGAUGGGCGGGUGGAGCUGCACGAGAGGAGGUCACGAAUGGAUCUGCCGGGCUCACCCUCACGCCAGGCCUGCUCCUCGCAGCCGGCCCAGAUGCUUUCAGUGGACACGGGUCACGCUGACCGGCAGGCCAGUGGCCGCAUGGACGUGUCAGCCUCCGUGGAGCAGGAGGCCCUGAGCAAUGCCUUCCGCUCAGUGCCUCUGGCAGAGGAGGAGGACUUCGAUAGCAAGGAGUGGGUCAUCAUUGACAAGGAGACAGAGCUCAAGGACUUCCCCCCGGGGGCUGAGCCCAGCACAUCGGGCACCACAGACGAGGAGCCGGAGGAGCUGCGGCCGCUGCCUGAGGAGGGCGAGGAACGGCGGCGGCCAGGGGCAGAGGCUGCGACCCGGCCCUGGGGGCGCAGCAUGCAGACGCUGGCUGAGGAGGACCCUCGGCAGGUGCCACCCCAGCCCCCACCACCCCAGCUGAGCCAGGCUGAUGGCCGGUCAGAGACAUCACAGCCCCCAACGCCUGGCAGCCCUUCCCACUCGCCCCUGCACUUGGGACCACGCCCUCGACGGAGAGAGUCGGAUCCCACAGGCCCGCAGAGACAGGUAUUCUCCGUGGCAUCCCCGUUUGAGAUGAAUGGUCUCCCACGAGCUGUGCCUCUCAGCCUGCCCUACCAGGACUUCAAGAAAGACCUCUCCGAUUACCGCGAACGGGCUCGGUUGCUCAACAGGGUCCGGAGGGUGGGCUUCUCGCACAUGCUGCUCACCACCCCCCAGGCCCCGCUGCCUUCUGUUCAGCCUCAAGCUAAUGGGAAGGAGGAAGAGGAGGAGGAGGAGGAGGAAGAGGAGGAAGAAGAGGAGGAGGAAGAGGAGGAGGAGGAAGAAGAGGAGGAGGAGGGCGAGGAGGAGGAAGAAGAGGAAGAAGAGGAGGAGGAGGAAGAGGAGGAGGAGGAGGAGGCGGUAGUCCUGGGGGAGGUGCUGGGGCCACGCAGUGGCUCUAGCAGUGAAGGGAGUGAGAGAAGCACUGACCGCAGCCAAGAGGGCGCCCCAUCCACACUGCUGGCUGACGAUCAAAAGGAGUCCAGGGGUCGGGCCUCCAUGGCUGACGGGGACCUGGAACCUGAGGAGGGCUCCAAAACGCUGGUGCUCGUCUCCCCUGGUGACAUGAAGAAGUCGCCCGUCACUGCCGACCUGGCCCCCGACCCCGACCUGGGCACUCUGGCUGUACUCACCCCUCAGCAUGAACGGCCCCAGCCCAUGGGCAGCCAGCUGGACGUGUCUGAGCCAGGCACUUUGUCCUCUGUCCUUAAGUCUGAGCCCAAGCCCCUUGGGCCCGGGAUAGGGCCAGGGGCCGGGGCAGUGGCCACGGGGGCCGGGGGCGUGGCAGUCACCUCCUCACCCUUUACCAAAGUCGAGAGGACCUUUGUGCACAUCGCAGAGAAAACUCACCUCAAUGUCAUGUCUUCCAGUGGACAAGCCUCGAGGCCUGAGGAUCUGGGCACUGGGGGUGAGCUGGGCCUGGAGGUGCCCUCUGAUGGGAGGGCUGUGGAGGCGGGGAACUCUGUGCCCCUGGAGAAUGGCAUCACCCCAUCAGGGCUGGAGAGCUGUGCCCUGUCCGGUCCCCCUGGGGGUGCCCCCUUGGAGGUGGUCACACACCCACUGCCCGGUGGCCCAGCCCUUGCCAACAGGCCAGCCCCACUGGAGUCAGGCCCAGAGAAACUGGCCACCGUCUCCCCCAGCCGCCAUGCCACACCAGGCCCGUGCCCCAGGAGCCGUAUCCCUGUCUUGCUGUCUGAGGAGGACACAGGCUCAGAGCCCUCAGGCUCGCUGUCGGCCAAAGAGCGGUGGGGCAAGAGGGCCCGACCGCAGCAGGACCUGGCACGGCUGGUAAUGGAGAAGAGGCAGGGCCGCCUGCUGUUGCGGCUGGCCUCUGGGGCCUCAUCCUCCUCCAGCGAGGAGCAGCGCCGUGCCUCUGAGACGCUCUCAGGUACGGGCUCCGAGGAGGACACACCCGCCUCUGAGCCCGCAGCGCCCAGGAAGGCUGGGCGGGCAGCUGCCACCCGGAGCCGGAUUCCCCGCCCCAUCAGCAUCCGCAUGCCCACACCUGCCUUGGCCCAGCAGCCUCCUGGCAGACCCCAUGGCGCGGCUCCAGCAUCUGACACAGCCAUCACCAGCAGGCUCCAGCUGCAGAAGCCCCCAGGGUCGGCCCCUGCUGCUGACCAUCGCUCCAAACAGUCCGCGGGCCCAGGGCGAGCCCAAGCAGGCCCCAGGCCCCCUGCCCCGCGCAGUGCGGGCCUCCCUGCGACCCCCAGGAGCCAGUCCCUGUCCCGCAAAGAGAGCCCCUCCCCCUCUCACCAGGCCCGGGCGGGGGGCCCCUCACCGCGGGGCGCCCCGCAGUCCCGGGCCCAGCCAGACGGCACCCCCACCCCAGGGGGCCCCAAGAAAGGACCCAGAGGGAAACUCCAGACUCAGCGCGCAGCAACCAAAGGCCGGGCGGGGGUCGCGGAGGGCCGGGCCGGGGCCAGAUAAUGACUUGCGCGGCUCUCUGCGGCCCCCAACCCUUACCCCGGCCCCCGACCCGCAGCCGGCCACACUGGAACAGCUCCCAGCACAGCCUUACGCGCCUGACGCGCGCCACCCGCGGCCCCAGCUUCCCGCCUGCACCCGCGAGGACGCGCGCCAGCACACGCCGCGCCGCCCGCAGGCCUGGCCAAUGGCGGGCGCCGCGCCGCGGGGGGGGGAGCGCCCGCCUCCCCUCUGUCCCCUCAGCCCCUCCUCCUCCUCUCCCGCCGACCCUCGGGGGCAGGCUCAACCUCUAUCCCGGGGAAGGCUCAGCCCCUUUUCACCAAGGAUGAGGAAGCCACCAGUGGGGACGCCCUGCGCACCCACCAGGCCUCUGCUGCUCUCUAUGCCUCCCCAGGGACCUCUGCUUACACGUCCUGAGGCUCCUUUCCCUCCCCCUAACCCUCUUCCAGCCAAAGCUCCCUUUUCAGAAAGGCAGCGUCAAAUUCCAGAAGUGGAGGCUCCAGCCUCCCUCUAGAGGCCAAGCCCAGGGUCUCCUGGGAGCAGUGGUAGGCCAAAGGCCUCUUCUCAGCUGCAGUCUGGGGUUGGGGAGGUGGGGCCUAGUGGUGGUUGGUCUACUCAGGUGUGAGCGGGCAGGUGUGACCUGCUCCGAAGUCAGCUCCAUCUUGAUCACCCCUGUGGAAGGUAGAGGGCAGGUGAUGGGAAGGAUGCAAAGACCCCCCACUCUUAUUGUGGGCUGGGGCCUCAGUGGGAACCAUAGAGUGUUUGUGGGCUGCCUUUCUGGGCAGGUGUUUCCCAGUGGGAAGUUGGAGGGGGCUUUAGAAAAGAACUUCCCCCCCAUCCCUUGGCCCUGUGUUCUAGUGCUCAGGACCUCUCACCAUCAGGAAUCCCUUCCUGCCAUCUAACCUCAAUCCUGUCUGCAGUUUCAACCAACUUCCCUAUGUCGUGAGUUCAGUGGAGGUGGAAAAUGGCUGGUUAUCAUCUCUGCACUGGCUCUUUGGAGAUUCAGGGACUCAGUUCUGGCUGGGUCACUCUUUCUAUCCUUUUGGCUUUGGGGAGUGGGCUGGAUCAGACCAUCAUCUCCCCCAGUGAGCAGAGACAGCAGAAACAGGCCGACAGACAGCUGGCCCCUGGACUCAAAGCAAGGCAGAAAGGCCCUUCUAAUCUCCAGACUGUAUGCUUGUGUGAUGGGUCUGUCCAAGUUCCCUCCUCCCCCAGCUCACCCUUCAGCCUGUCCCUUCUUGUCCUAACCCCAAACCAUGUGGCUGAGCUGUCCCUGCAGAAGGUGAGGGCUGUGCUGCUCUGUGAGUGGAUAUGGGUCUGGCUGUUGCAUAGCUCAUCCCACCUCAUCAUGAGCCUCAGCUGCCUACAUCUGGGUCAAGCAGUCCAUUGGCUGCAGAAGGGACAGCCAACCCGGCCUAUCUGGGACAGAGCCCCUGUAUCCCUCCUCUGCCCUCAGCACCCACAGCCUCUGUCCCCUGGCUUGGCCCCUCUGUUCUUCCCUGGGCUAGAGAGAGCAAGGGAAGGCCACCAAAGGAAGAGGAAGAAAGGGCCCAGUGUGCCCCAGUGGUCUGGCAACAUUCAGCCACCAAUGCGAGAAAGCUGGCCCUGGGAGCAGCCUGGUGAUGCCAGCUGAAGCCUUUCAUGGAGAGUCAGCAGCAUGGGCAGCUGCUUCCCAAGGUGGUGGCUUCUCUGCAGACCAGCCCAGGGGAGGACUCCAGGGUGGACAAGCCUUUGAAGUCCAACCAUGCUGAUGCAGAGGCUCCCAGAACACUCAGGAAACCUCUCCAGACAGAGCUCUCUUUGUCAACCCAAGACCCUUGUAAGGCCUCUACCACCCUUUGGGUCCAGCAGAGGGGGUGGAGGAGGGGCCACUCCCUCCCACCUAGAGCUUCUCUGAAUGACAAUCAGCUCGUGCCAGCUGGGGACCAGGGCAUGACCUCUGGUGCCCAGGUCCUGGGCCUGCUCCUUGCCACCAACCAAACUGUGAAUGUAGGGCCCCCAGCCUUGCCCCUUACCCAGGACCAACAACUCCCUGGUUCAGUGUUGGGAGGAAAAAGGGAUGGCCUGAGAGAGCCCCAGGCUCAUCCCACCCUCCAGCUUCUAGGGCAGAGAUGCAAAACCCUGUCUGCCCUGGGGAUUCCAGACCUCCCUAGGGCUCCCAGCUGACCUCAGGCCUCUGCAUCACUGAAUGUCACCAAGGCAUGGGGAGGAGGGGUAGGGGUGAGUGCCAGAGGGAGCUAGGGGAGUGACUGCUCCUCUCCCCAGGAAGGAUCCAGGGCAGAGGAAACCACACCUCCCAGUGGCCCCCUCCCACCCCCACCCCCAGCUUCAGCUUCUUCCUCUCCACCCAGUCUUUCCAGUCCUGAGUCCCUUCUCUGCAAGAGAGUGUCACACCAUAACCUCACCCCUCCAGUACUUCCCCAUCAGGCCAGCCUGUGUCACUGGCUCAGGUGUUGGUCUGCUCACUCCAGAACACGCCUUCCCACCCCAGCUGCACUGUGCACAAAGGGGCUGCAGGAGAGAGGCCAUGCCCCAGGCACGUGGGCUUCCCCCAUUCCCAGCUCCUUGAAGAGGCCUGGCUUGCUCAGUCUUCUCAGCUCCAGGGACUAGCCCUGGUGGGUAUGAGGUGGGGGGGGAGGAAGUUGCCCCCC